AUGGUAAUUUUGCAAACUGUUCAGGAUGCAUUGAUAUCUGUGCUAAACUUGUUCCGUCCCGGGAUGCCGUUGAGUUCAUUGAAGGCGGAAGUCAUAGAAUAUUCUUUUACAGCCAUGGACGCUCCUCCUGGUGCCACAGAGACUGACAUGAAAACUUUCCGCGACUUCCUUAUGCAGUACAACAACGUAACAGAGCAAUGCUUUGCGGCAUGCGUCAACGACAUGACGACAAGAAAUGUCAGCGAAAAGGAAGAAAAGUGCAGUAUGAACUGUCUCGACAAGUAUCUUAAAAUGACGCAGCGUGUCUCCUUGCGAUUCCAAGAACAUCAGCUUCUGAAUGCGGAGGUCCAAGGUGCGACAAUACCUCAUACUUGA